CGCCGCGGUGAGACGGUCUCCCGGAUAUCCGGUCCGCAGGGCGCUGUCAUGGUGACGGGUGACGCAUGCGCGGUGUGUCCGACCGGCUCCGGAGGGUGAAGGAGAGUCGGAAGUGAUGAGCCGGGAGAUGAAGAUGGCGAGAGAGAGGAGCGCGGCCGGGGAGAGGACGGAGAGCCGGCCUGAGGAGGAGGAGAAGAGGAUCCUCCGGGGCAAAGCCCAAUCAGAAGGCGGCUCGGCGCGCACCUCCCUCCUCAUAUUGGUGUCUAUAUUUUCAUCUGCAGCCUUCAUCAUGUUCCUGGUGUACAAAAACUUCCCGCAGCUCAGCGAGGAGGAGAGUGAGACGAUAAGGAUCCCCCGGGAUAUGGACGAUGCGAAGGCUCUGGGGAAAGUUCUGUCCAAAUACAAGGACACGUUCUAUGUGGAGGUCCUGGUGGCGUAUUUUGCCACGUAUGUCUUUCUACAGACCUUCGCUAUUCCAGGCUCCAUAUUUCUCAGUAUCCUGUCUGGAUUCCUCUACCCCUUCCCCCUGGCUCUCUUCCUCGUCUGUUUGUGUUCAGGUCUCGGAGCGUCGUUCUGCUACAUACUGUCCUACCAUGUCGGGAGGCCGGUCAUCUACAAAUACCUGACGGAGAAAGCCGUCAAAUGGUCAGAGCAGGUGGAGCGGCACAGAGAUCAUCUGAUUAAUUAUAUCAUAUUCCUGAGAAUAACACCUUUCCUGCCAAACUGGUUCAUCAACAUCACGUCUCCGGUCAUCAACGUUCCCCUCAAAGUCUUCUUCUUGGGGACCUUCUUGGGCGUGGCCCCUCCAUCAUUCGUGGCGAUCAAGGCCGGGACCACACUUUACCAGCUGACCACGGCGGGGGAGGCAGUCUCCUGGAACUCGGUCAUCGUCCUCAUGAUCUUGGCCGUCCUCUCCAUCCUGCCCGCCAUCUUCCAGAAGAAACUGAAGAAGAAGUUUGAAUGAGUCUCCCUCCCGCCUGCUGGGCUCUCCUCUUAGGACUCGCUCUCUGAAAAAAAACUUCUUUAAUUGUACAGACUGCAGUUUUCCUGCCUUUCUAUUAAAUUAAAAUAUUUUAUUUUAGAACUUUUAUCCAUCGGCCCUCCCCCAUACUGCCCGCAGCUCAGGAGGUGGUAUGGCGGAACGUAUUGAGGCCUCACACCACGGACCAUUGCUGGUGUCAAUGAAUUGGUAAUAUUUGAUCAUUCUGCCCUCCUGGACGGGGAGACUGGAGGCUGCUCCUUAGAAAAGGUGCCCCAGCUUGGGGUGAAGAGCUUUGGCACUGGACUUCUCUAUCCUCUGUAAAUUGACCACCCAACCAGUACGGGCUCUAAAUACUCUUAAGUUUGUAUAUACGGGGCAAUGGCAUACAGGAUGAAGAGUUAUUGCCCCCCCUUUGGCAGAAGUUGCCAUGGUACCUUUGUGGGCUUUGCACACCAGCACCAUAUCUGGUUGCCCAACCAGAUAUGUCCCCCCCCAGGUUGGGGUCCUCAGCCGGCCCAGGUUGGGGUCCUCAGCCGGCCCAGGUUGGGGUCCUCAGCCGGCCCAGGUUGGGGUCCUCAGCCGGCCCAGGUUGGGGUCCUCAGCCGGCCCAGGUUGGGGUCCUCAGCCGGCUCAGGUUGGGGUCCUCAGCCGGCUCAGGUUGGGGUCCUCAGCCGGCUCAGGUUGGGGUCCUCAGCCGGCUCAGGUUGGGGUCCUCAGCCGGCUCAGGUUGGGGUCCUCAGCCGGCUCAGGUUGGGGUCCUCAGCCGGCUCAGGUUGGGGUCCUCAGCCGGCUCAGGUUGGGGUCCUCAGCC